CGAAUUUUUCGAGGCAAAAAAUAAGGCCGUAGCAAAUCCAACUCGUCUUCCCCCUCCGUCUCUUCGUCGCGCAGAAGGAACAGCAGAAAAGGGGGAAAUAAUUCGGUUGAAUCGACAGGAGUGAAGGGUAGGAGCAGCCAUGGCCGCUCGAGCUCGAUGGCGACUCCUCUUGCUGCCGCUCUCGCUGUUCCUCGCGGUCGGCCCGGCGGGCGCCCUGGCGGCGCCCAGCCCCCCCGUCUCCAAGGCCAUCUCGGACCUGAGGGACGCGAUCGUGAAGGGGCUGGGGUUCCAGGCGGAGGGGCUCAAGGUGUCCGGGUUCGACGUGCGGGACGCGCUGGUGGGACAGGCGGUGGCGUACGAGUUCGACAUCGAGGUCGGGAGGAAGGUCCUGCCGGUGCGCCUCCUUGAGGACGUUACUCGGUGGGACUUCGUCGAUCUCCCCAUCUUCCGCUCCCAGGCCGACGCAGACGACACGGCGCUCGCCGAGAUCCGGCGAGGAGGGAGGGGGAGCGUCGUCGAGCCGACUCUACCGCCCUUCCAACUCGCCGGGCCCAUGGAGCUCUGGAUCCAGGAUGGCGAUGACGUCAGGCUAGCCUUGCCGCAUGAUGUGGACGCUGGAACCCUGAAGAAAGUUGUUCUGUCUGAUGGUGCAGUGGUAACAGUGAAGGGUGCCAGGGCUGUGAGCCUCCGGUUGCCACUUGAACUACCGCUUCCUCUCAACCGUACCACUUACAAGGGCCGCCUGUCAAGCCUACUAUCCAUUGCACAAGCCCUACGUGGUGCAGCCCGGUCUAACAAAAAACCCCUGCUCUCUCUUCGCAUCGAGGGUCCAACCUCCCUGUCGUCGACUCCUUCGAUGUCUCCCAAUGACAAGCUCAAGCUCAAACGGUUGGCCCCAGGCCAAGUGGAGCUCUCCUCACGUGCGAUCCCGGCUGUCACUGACGACGAGCAUGAGCCACACAACACUGGAUUGUGGCCUCUCUUGUCACUUAACGGCUCAGAUGGCAGCCUGCAGGGGUUCGAGGAGCUGUUGGCCUCGGUCCUGGGAAAGAAGGCAGGCGAGAAGGGGACCUUCAAGCUGUUGAAGGGGCGGGCCUCGGCACAAACCUAUGUCAAGAUGGCAUUCACGGUGGAGAAGAGGCUCACUGAAGGUGAAGUGAACUGGUCUGACUUCCCGGAGUGGAAGACGAAGCCCAAGAAGCUGAGAGCACACUAUGAGGUUCUUGCUCGCGUGGAGGGCGGCCAGGCGAUCCCAGAGAGGAUCGCCCAGGUGCAGCCGUUCCAGGCCGAGGAGGCCACGUCCGAGAGCGUGCUCACUGGGAAUGUCACGAGAUCGAAGAUGGAGAUGGUCCAUCCGCCGCCGGUUUACUUCACUCUCUGAGUGCCGGAAGAGCUGGAGGCUUUUUAUUUUUCAGAGCUAUACGACGGAUGGUUGUUAGUACUAGUUUACGAUGAUAAUGGAGAUGACAAAAGCUUACAGGUGGCAAGAGUUUCUUGCCUAUUGCUACUUACUGCGUUAACAUGAAAAUUGUUGUUGUAUGGCACUUGAAUACUGGCUACCUUUGUAAAUUAUCGAUCGAUUAAUGAAGCCAUACAAAAUAAGAUUGCAGUAAUAAGCAAGUUGUACAUUUUUGGACGCAAGUGUGCCGCCGAGUUCCUAGCUUGUACUUUACUGCUCUGCAGAAAUUGCAAAUUUUAUCGUUCUGACAAUUCUAAAUAC